GUAAAGCACGAAUAAAAACGCUAUACAGUGAAAAACUAUAGGAUGAAUCUGUUAGUUUUGGUGAUAAUCUUAUUUGGGAUAUCAAUUCAAGCACAAGCACCGUGCACUUCGACAAUCUGCUUAACGCAAUGUCACGUGGAUCCAAGGUGUCCUCCAUUCAACCCGCUGAGGCCCUUGUUAUUGCGACAUAACAAUUGUGCAAAGUUCUACAAAUGCCAUAAUGGACGUGCGUGUUCAUAUGAUUGUCCUCCAGGUUUACACUUCAAUAGUCGUGAGGAUACCUGCGAUUGGCCGAGUCGGGCAUGCUGCGACCCAUCCGUUCCAUGCCAAACAGAUCCAUGCAACGGAGGAGGAGGCUGUCCACCACCACCGCCACCGCCACCUUGUUGUCCCCCGCCACCACCACCGCCACCACCACCUUGUUGUCCCCCGCCACCACCACCGCCGCCACCACCACCACCACCGCCACCUUGUCCACCAAUUAUCUGCCCUCCUCCACCAUGUGGUGGCGGAAUUGUUUGCAAUAACUGUGUACUCAAUUCCGAAUGUCCACUGUUCAAUCCACCUAAGCCAAAACUGCUUCGCCAUCGCAUUUGUUCAAAGUUCUAUAAAUGUGAAACGGGCCGUGCCUGCGAAAUGGAUUGUCCUAAAGGUCUUCACUUUAACGUGCAAAAACAAGUGUGUGACUGGCCAUGGUUUGCAUGUUGCGAUUCUUCGAUUGUAUGCAGGCCAAAUCCUUGCGACGUUGACCCCUGCCCACCAUCUACGCUGCCACCAACCUGCGUGGGAUGGUACUGUUAAGGCACGCAUUAGAACCUACAAGGAGCCCUAACUAAAUGCUAGAUAAAUGAGUGAAGCAACGAAAUAGUACGCUAUAACUUAUAUGUCGCAAAUACUUAUACUAUAUGAAAUUAUUGGAAAAUUUAAACAUUUUUUUAAUAUGAGAUAUUUCUGCGCUCAAUAAUAAAAAAAACCUGUUUUAAU